CAACGGUCCAUAAAAGACUGAAACUCAGUGGGAACCUACUUAAGACUCGCAGCAGUCCUUCGGAUUGUAGUUUGAAGAUAUAUUUUUUUAAAUCUUUAUUUGUAUUUUUUGUAAACGCGUCAUAGGCUAAUCAUGGCAUUUCUGAUCUACCUGACUGUACUGACAACAGCAGUCGUCACACAGGUGACUGCCAGCUGCCCGGCAGUGUGCGACUGCCCCACCGAGCCCCUGGUCUGCCCUCCGGGAGUCAGUGCCGUGCCGGACGGAUGUGGGUGCUGCAAGGUGUGUGCUGCACAGCUUAACCAGGACUGCAGCCCCGUGAGGCCUUGCGACCACCACAAAGGGCUGGAGUGUAAUUACGGCAACGAUGUGCCCGAGGCCUGGGGCAUCUGUCGAGCAAAAUCAGAGGGACGCACAUGCGAGUACAACGGCAGGAUCUACCAGAACGGCGAGAGCUUCCGUGCCGGCUGCAAACACCAGUGUACCUGCAUCGAUGGCGCCGUCGGCUGCUCUCCCCUCUGCACCAACAAGCUGCCCCCGGCCUCUCCAGCCUGCCUCUACCCACGGCUGGUCAGGAUCCCCGGGCAGUGCUGCUUCCACGUGAACUGCCACAAGGGCACGUGGCGGCUCCCACCUAAGCAUCAGGCGCCUCCACCACAACUGCACCUGCCCAGACGUCAGCACCAGCCUGAAAAUGAGCUGGCCAACGAGCUCACAGAGGUCAAGUCCAGCGGCUGGGAGAGUGAACAUGGCUUCAAACACCUGCCUGUGUGGAACCAUCUGAAGGAGAUGAAGUGUCCGGUCCAGACCACGGACUGGUCUCAGUGCUCCAGCAGCUGUGGGAUGGGCGUUUCCUCUCGCAUCACCAACAAGAACCCUCAGUGCAAGCUGGAGAGAGAGACGAGGAUCUGCACCAUUCGGCCGUGCCGCCGCCUAACUGCCCCCACCAAGAAAGGGAAGAAGUGCUCCCCGACCCAGAAAGCCGCAGAGCCCGCCCGCCUGUCCUACGGAGACUGCGCGAGCGUCCGCCUCUACCGGCCCAACUACUGCGGCGUGUGUGCAGACGGACGGUGCUGCUCACCACGCCGCACGCGCACCGCACCCGUGACCUUUGUCUGCCCGGACGGCGAGCACUUCCGGAGGUCGGCCAUGUUCAUCCAGUCGUGUAAAUGCAGCGACGACUGCGGCCACCUCAACGAAGUGGCCCUCCCCCCACAGCAGUGGAUGUACGGAGACACGCACCAGUUCACAGACUAGUACCGAGGACGACUUUUUGUGUAAUUUUAAUGUGAUGAGGUCAACUUCCUUGAUGAAUGAAGACACUUUCAGAACAGGGGCCAUUUUUCACAUCUGGUUCCCAAUGAGUGAAGAGCACAGGACGCCUCAGUUUUAUUCUCAAUCAUAAAGGCAACCUCUUAAUUGUGAUAUUAUUGUGUGAUCGGAGUGGAUUGUACACUUUCCUGUUCAAACAGACAUGGGCCCUAAAUUAGAGCCACGAGGGACCCCUGGACUUCCUCCACUAUUGGACUGAAUGCUGGUUCAGGUGUGUUGGAUUCUUUUUUUUUUUGGAGACUCUCAGAUCAGCCUGAGGAGAAACACUACAAGAGCAACAAAGCACUUUGUUCAGCACUGAAACUUAAGGACGCCAACUAUGACGGCAGUGCACAAUCACUUCACCUGCAACAAUAGCCUCGCACACACUGAUGGUGAAUGACUCCAUAUCCCACAAUGCACUGCGACUACUCAGCGACAAGCAAAAUCAUAUUUUGCAGCUUUAUGUGGAAAGAAAAUGUGGACUCUUUAAAAAGUUGACACGCUGCCAUUGAUAUGAACACAGCAAUGGACGACAUGUUCCACUGUUAUUGAGGAACACGAUCAUGAACUGACAAGUGUUCAGCAAGGAGUGGACCAACGCCAAUUGAUUUCUUGUUUGUGCAUUAAAUGCAGCUCAGAGGAAUGUCUUACACUAACCUGUACUAGUGAAUUUAUUUUGGAUCACAGUAUUUUCUGUAAAUAUAUUUUCUUUAUUUUGAUCCAAGUUUGUAUUGUCACAAUUAUACACUUCUGUGGAUUGAGACGCUGCAGCGUAGUUGUCCCAUGUUUUUGUUGGUCCAUGCAUGUUUCCUGCUAGGUUUUUUUUUUUUUUUUUUAAACUGUAAAACAGUGGUUGUCUUAAAACUAUGACUCUGGCACCCUCUGCUGGUGAGAAUAGUGAACUACAACAGUUUGUAUUUUAGAGAAUACUGUACAUGUGUAAUGUCUGAAAUCACAUCAAUGUUCAAAAACGAUCACCAUUAAAUAAGGUAUAAAAAAAAUUUAAUUCUGCAACCAAAACAAUAUAUCAAUGUUUAAACAAGGAAAACAAUACAAGCACCCUGCAAAGACAUGAUAAAAAAUAAAAGAAAUUAAAAGUU